UUUCCAUUUCAGUUGGAGUUCCGCGGCUCGUUGGUGCAGCAGCUCCGUGACGUCACCAAGAAGUUGGGCCUCAGCAUCGCCACGCUGCACUCGGCGGUCGCUCAGCUAGACUUGUUCAUGGACUCGCACCGACUGAGGGCGGAUCGACUGACUCACGUCGCUCUCGCUUGCUUGAGUUUAGCUGCAAAAAGCGAAGAAAAAUUCAGUCGAGCGCCAACACUAAAAACGCUGUCCAAGAUAAGUGGGGUCCAACUCUGUGGGAAGACAUUCAGACAGCUAGAAUGGAUGGUCGGCCAACAUGUGCGAUGGAGGCUGUUGGCGCCAACACCGGUGACCUACGCGGCGCUCUUGGCUCAGUAUGUGGUGACAGAUAGCGACCUGACUACAAGACAUCCCAAGUUUGUAAGGAGGUUCAAGAGAGAUGGCGCUAAACUCCUUGAGGCGUACUUGGAUUUGACUUUAUCUGACGUGCGGCUGAAGGUGGUGGAGUGCGUGGACGUGGGCUGCGCGUGCGUGGCGUGCGCGCGCGCGGAGCUGGGGCUGGCGGCGUGGCCCGCCUGGCUGGCCGCGCGCGCCGCCCGCCAGCCCGCCGCCGUCGCGCCGCUCGCGCGCCUGCUGCAGAGGAUGAUGCAGAUAAUGAAGUCUCGUGAAACAUCAGUGGAAUCGGAGAUUGAUCAGGGGUACAGCAGUGCGCGGACAUCGCCAAACCAGACGCCGAGCACUUCGCCAAGUUUCCACGUUGAACGACGGCCCGACGGUAACUACACUGUUCUAGAUCUAGAAGAGUCCAACACGCAGAGCAUAACGCAGCCCUACACGUUACCGACGGCUGUGGACAUGACCCUACAGCGGGUCAACACUGCCACAGACUACAGGUACUGCCGGUCUCGCCGACUCGUCGACGCUAGCUUAGAAGUCCAACCCUCCACAUCCGUGGCUGUGAAACGUGGCAUAGAUACCAAUGUCGAUAUAGAGAGGAAAAGGUAUAGACUCGCCUCGCAAAUGUCGCAAGUGCUACUAUGAUCACGUCUAGUCUUUAUUUAACUCUGUAUUCGACGACGCCCGUUUUGUUAUAUAACAUUCUCGUCUGUUAUACAGUUGACCUGGUUUGUGUUGUUUAUUUUGUUAUUUAUUUUUUUCAGUAAAUAAAAUAUUUGUAUACAUUCUCGUUAUCGAUGUUGGCAGGAUGUUAUUUAACAAGAUGUACGUGUUUCGUAUAAUAUUGAAUACGGAAUUGGUUGCGAAUACUUUUGAUUGUCGAUUUUAAAUCUACGUAUUGUACGUUAUUACUUUAACUAUUUAUUUAUGUUUACGAUCGGGAGUAUUCGCGGUCGAUAUUUAGUUUAGUUUCAUAUUCCAAAAUAUGUUAAAUAAAGCGUAGCUCAAGCUCUUAUGCUUUAACUCUGUUGCAAGUGGAGAUAAUGUUAUUUUAUUAUUUCAAUACAUCAAUUAAACAAUAUUAUUUACAUUUUAAAAUAAUUAUUGUUUCUUAUUUGCCUUAACAACAAAACAACUUUUCCAAGCUGUAUGCAAAAUUAAUCAUGUAUAGGGUUCUAAAUAAUAUUACAUCCACUUGCAGGGAAAUGUGUUAAAAAUAGCAAUAAUAAUUGAGAAGUUUAGUAUUUACGCUUAAUUAAUGUCGAGAUAGGGUUGUUAGACAAUGAACUUUAAGGGCCAAAGUGCAGCACUGACUGAUUUUUGUCCCGUCACUAUCACAGCACAUUGUUUUUCAUAAUAUGAGCCAGUAAAAUGUCCAAAAAAGGUUUCUUUUUCAGCAAUCAGACAAAUAUUUUUUUUGUAAGCUGAAUCUGUUCUUCUUAUAGCUCCAUAAAGAGUGUGGAUGUGUUUUCUCUGUAAUAAAAAUACCUUCCAUCUCAAAGCAACAACGUCGUGUCAACAACUAAACCAUUUAUAAAAGACUAUCUUUUCCUCUAGCUGCAUUAUCAGCGUGUAUUAAAACUAUAUUUUACUUAACUAUGCGGGCAAGGCAAGGGGCUUUACUUAACUUUAACAUAGCGAUGGGACAUAAAAUCAGCUCAUAGUAUCUCAAGUCAAACUUCUCAAUUAUGCAUUUCUUAAUUAGCAAUAGUUAGUGACAAAUUGUCGAAUGAUCAUCAAAUCUCGAAUUACCAACGCGAUGUUAGCAUUUAAUAGUGAUAUCGAAUAAGCUUAUGAAGUUUAUCGAGUGCGGUUGACGUAACAUGUCUCAAAAACCUAUCAUUUAACCAUUUUUUUUCUCCAAUCCUUGACCACGUAUUUGUAUAAAAGAGGCUUGUCACCACGUCUUAAAGCUGUAUCAUUUGUGGAAAAGAGAAGCAGUGUAUCCCUCUGUCAUUCUUCCACAUUCUUAAUGAUAGUACUCAAAUACCCUAGAAUCCUAAAAAAAUCAGGGGAGAAAUAUAUCUCACAAACCUUGUGAACUUGCUAUGAUGAGGGUUACAUCCUAGCCGAUUUCGGCUACAGCGUCUACUCUUCUCAUGUGGCGACGCUCAUGCGUCUGCAUUUAACUUAUGUAACCAUUCUUCUUCGAGCACAAAGCGGGCUUGUAACAUACGAGAACGAAAAUUAAGAAGGUUAAACCAAAGUUUCAACUAAUAUUUACAAAUAAAUAAACAAAUUUAAAAAACAUAACAUUUGACGAAUUCGGGUAUAAAUGGUGGCAAUUCCCAUUAUACCCAGUAAAUAGCAAUAUCUUUGAGCAUGUUAUGUCAAUCCAAGUUACUGACUGCCUUAAUAUAAUAACGUAUCACUUAACGACGAUUACCAGAAUCGAUUUCGACGAAAUAUUUCCUUAAUUUAUUAUUAGAACUAUCGUGUAUGUUAUUCAGGUGAAAUUGUAUUUAUAAAGGACGUCCCUUGCAGUUUAGUAGUGAAUUCUUGACUAUUUAUAUUUUUAAAGAUUUGAUUGUUAUCAAAAUGUUCUCGUUUAGUAUCUAUCGGCAAGUAAUUAAAACAAGGCAUCUUAAUUGAACCAAUAGGAAUAUAUUUCCAUGGGUCUUUAGGUGCCCUUGCUAAGUUUCUAAAGCGAAUAUUCUACCCACCUGCCGAUAGAGAUACCUCUUAUUAUAACGAAAAAGUUAAAACUGUCCUUAUCACAUAAUUUCACCACAGUCUAACAUCUUAGUAUAUUUUUCUAAAUAUUGUAUCCGAUAUAGCAAUUAGGAAAUUAUGCCAAUUUCUUUUUUAUGCGAGUCAUGUAAGUUAAAUUAUUUUGCUGUUUUGGGUGUAGAGAGGUUGUGAUUACGUACAUUUUAAAUUAUUUAAUGUUAUUAUGUGUAUGCUUGUGAAUGUUACUGUGCAUGUCAACCAGGUUUGUUUUGAUAUGGCGACGUUAGAACACGCCAUAUAGCGUGCUUCUCAAACACGUUAAAAAUUAAAUACGUGACUUACAAGCCUCAACUAAAUAAUGCAUUUUUUAAAGUGGCAAGCAGCCAUUUUGUGUCAGCCAUAAUAUUGAAUUUAGAAUGUGACAGGCAUAGAUAACAUUUGUAAGCAGAAUUGUGGAAUAGAAUCUUGUUUUAAUCGUUUUUAUUGCUCAUUUAUAGUUCACUGUUUAAGUUAUUUUUUACUACUUUUUGUUGAAAGUUAUCUAAGAUUCCGUUCCAUGGUCAUAAUGAGUGUAAGUAUAUGAGUAAGCAUGUGAUGUACAACAAAUAAUUAGCAAAUUUUUGACAAAGUAUCAUGUACUGUGUCAAGCUAGUAACAUAAUAUUAGCACAUCACGUAUUUAACCAUUACCACUUCAUAGUAAUUAUAAUAUUGUUUCCAUAUUUUAAGUCGGUUAAUAAAACAUAGAAAAGGGGAAAUAAUAGCUAAUAUACAAAACACAUAUUCUGAAUUUAAAUAAAAAUUAAAUUAAAUGUAAACUGCGAUCCUAUAUUAAAUUAGGAUAAAAACGUGUAGAGUUAGUUGGUCAUACAGAUUUUCGUAGUAUAAAAUACUUCAUUAGAAAUAAAAAAUACACUAAUAAUAACUUGAUUGUACGUAUCCACUUAAUAGACAAAAUAUGCAAUGUAACUGUUCCUAAUUAUGUUUUGUGAAAAAAAUAUCUUUCGUUAUUAUUUCCUCUUAAAAAGAUAUAAAUUUAUUGAUAACUGAGUAAGUUUAAAAGAAAAUUGUCUAUAGACUCACCAUACAACUUGCUAUGUUAAUUAAGUCCCCCCACCCCUUUCAUUGUCAAUACUCAUUUUCUUAGACAGAGGACAAAAAAGCUUUUGCUGCUAAAAUUGUAAAAUGCGGUAUUAUAUACUCAAUGUUUGACGCCCUUUUAUGCUAAGGGCCUAAAAGUUACCAAUGUUCGUAUAUUAUAUAAAUUUUAACCAUUUUAUUUGUUAUUUUUAACUAAAAUGUAAUACCUUUAUAAAUAAAUGUUAGUUAAACAGUGCUUCCUAACUCAUACUGCCUUAAGAUCGUUUGAUUUGUCCGUAUUUUCAUACGUAAAGAAUUAGGGAUGUAUCUUUUGUAAAAUAUCGAUUUCAAAAUAUCAUUUUAAAGCAACCUCAUUUUUUGGAUGUUCCUAUGGUGUGUUAUGUAUUAAUCGAUAACCAUAUAGAAAAAUAAAUGAAUAUACCAGUUACGAUUGUGAAUUUGCUUUAUAUGUAUAAUGAAUUGUAACAUUGCGAUGUUUAAGUGUUAUCAUCGAUCGAAAAUAUACCCAAAUGUACCAAAAAGAACGUGCUCGCAAUGAUCAUUAUGUAGUACAUAAAUAUAGCAAUAAAAGCUUCAAAAUGUUAUAAAUUAUAAGUACAUGUUUAACGGUGUAGUAAAUGAAUGUUUGUUCGAAGACUGAAGGUUUAGCGUACAAUUGGCAUUGGACUGAACUGAAAAUUAUUUUGUACCUCGGAAAACUUAAGAUAAAGACACAUUUAAAACCUUGAAAUAAAUAUUAUACUUCUUUA